GCCCUGCUCGGCGGCGGCGCGGCGGCGGCGGCGCCCAUGGACGGGCUCCCCGUGGAGGUGCGCGGCUCCAACGGGGCCUUCUACAAGGGCUUUGUGCGGGACCUGCACGAGGACUCGGUGACCAUCGCCUUCGAGAACAACUGGCAGCCCGAGCGGCAGAUCCCCUUCGGCGACGUCCGCCUGCCGCCGCCGGCCGACUACAGCAAGGAGAUCGCCGAGGGCGACGAGGUGGAGGUCUACUCGCGCGCCAACGAGCACGAGCCCUGCGGCUGGUGGCUGGCCCGCGUGCGCAUGAUGAAGGGUGACUUCUACGUCAUCGAGUACGCCGCCUGCGACGCCACCUACAACGAGAUCGUCACCCUGGAGCGGCUGCGGCCCAUCAACCCCAGCCGCGAGGCCACCAAGGCCACCUUCUUCCAGUACCGCCUGCCCGUGCCCGAGGACCUCAAGGACGCCUGCUCCAACGCCGGCGUGCACAAGGAGUUCAAGCGCGGGGUGGGGGCCGACUGCGUCUUCCUCAAGGCGGCCAGCAGCGAGCUCUGCAUCCUGGCCACCAGCGAGGCGGCGGUGAAGCGGGCGGCGCUGCUGGGCGACAUGCACCUGCGCAGCAUCCGCACCAAGCUGAUGCUCAUGUCGCGCAACGAGGAGGCCACCAAGCACCUGGAGACCAGCAAGCAGCUGGCCUCGGCCUUCCAGGAGGAGUUUGGGGUGCGGGAGGAGCUCAUGGGCCUGGCCAUCGGCACGCACGGCGCCAACAUCCAGCAGGCCCGCAAGGUGCCCGGCGUCACCGCCAUCGAGCUCGACGAGGCCACCUGCACCUUCCGCAUCUACGGCGAGAGCCCCGAGGCGUGCCGCCAGGCCCGCAGCUUCCUGGAGUUCUCCGAGGACUCGGUGCAGGUGCCCCGUGGGCUGGUUGGGAAUGGUGCCCUUCAUCUUCGUGGGGACGCGGGAGAACAUCAGCAACGCCCAGGCCCUGUUGGAGUAUCACCUGGCCUACCUGCAGGAGGUGGAGCAGCUGCGCCUGGAGCGGCUGCAGAUCGACGAGCAGCUCCGGCAGAUCGGCCUCGGCUUCCGCCCGCCGCCCGCCCGCCCCGACCGGGACCGGGACCGGGACCGGGAGCGGGAGCGAGCGCGGCGGGGCUACGCCACGGACGACAGUACCUCCUCCUCGCUGCACGGCACCCGCAGCUACGGCGGCCGCGGCCGCGGGCGCCGCGCGCCCGGCCCCUACGGGCCUGGCUCGGACGCCUCCACCACCUCGGACCCCGACGGGGAGCGGCGCCAGGAGCCAGGUCCCCCCCCGGGCGGCGAGCGGGACCCCCGCCGGGCGCCCCGAGGAGGGGCCUCCCCGCCGGCGCCCCCCACCCCCCCGGGGGCCGCGGCCCCCCAGCUGCCCCCCGGCACGGCGCUUCCUCCAUCAGCUCAGUGCUCAAGGACCCCGACAGCAACCCCUACAGCCUGCUGGAGGGGGCCGAGGGGGAGCCGGGCGCCGAGGGGGAGCCGGGGGCCGCCCCCCCCCGCCGGUGCCCGCCGCCGCCGCCGCUCCCGCCGCCGCCGCACCGACGACGACGCCACCGUCAUGGACGGCGCCGCCGAGUCCGACGGCGCCUCGGUGGCGGAGAACGGCCUGGAAGACGAGUCGAAGCCGCAGCGGCGCAACCGCAGCCGGCGCCCGCCGCAACCGGGGCUCCCGCCCCGGACGGCUCCAUGAGCCGGGACCGGCAGCCAGUGACCGUGGCCGACUACAUCUCGCGGGCCGAGUCGCAGAGCCGCCAGCGGCUGACGCCGGAGCCGCUGGGGCCGGGGGCCCGGGGGGGGUCGCCGAAGGGCCCCCCCGCUCGCCGCCCCGCCCCCGCCCUGGUCAACGGCAUCUCCUAGGCCCCUGGCCCCCCGAGCCUGUGCCUUGGCGAGCGCCGCCCCGCGGGGCCCGGCUGCCCCCGCCGCCGCCCCGCAACCUUAUUUAUUUUUCACUGUACAGUAUUUAAAAAAACAAAAAAGAAUAAAAAAAAACAGACGGAGCUGCAGAGCGAGCA